CGGGCGGCAGGGGAGGGGGGGCGGCCAGGCUCUGCGGCGGGGAGGCUCCCGGCGGCGGCGGCGACCGAUCGGCGGGCACGGGGCGCAGCCCGCGCACCCCUCCCCCCCCUCCCCGGAGCGCCCCCUCGGCGGCGCCGGAGCCAGCGGCGGGAGCGGGAGCGGCGGGGACGAUGCCGUCGGUGAGCCUGCCGCCCAAGGAGAACGCGCUCUUCAAGCGCAUCCUGCGGUGUUACGAACAUAAGCAGUAUAGAAAUGGGUUGAAGUUUUGUAAACAGAUCCUUUCUAACCCGAAGUUUGCAGAACAUGGAGAAACCUUGGCAAUGAAAGGACUAACAUUAAACUGUCUAGGGAAGAAAGAGGAAGCAUAUGAACUGGUGCGUAGAGGCCUAAGGAAUGACUUGAAGAGUCAUGUAUGUUGGCAUGUCUAUGGCCUUCUUCAGAGGUCAGACAAGAAGUAUGAUGAAGCUAUCAAAUGCUAUAGAAAUGCACUGAAAUGGGACAAAGACAAUCUUCAAAUCUUGAGAGAUCUUUCUCUGCUACAAAUUCAAAUGAGGGAUCUUGAAGGUUACAGGGAAACAAGAUACCAGUUGCUUCAGCUCCGACCUGCACAGCGAGCAUCGUGGAUUGGCUAUGCUAUUGCUUACCAUCUGUUGGAAGACUAUGAAAUGGCAGCAAAAAUUUUAGAGGAAUUUAGGAAGACGCAGCAGACAUCACCUGAUAAAGUGGACUAUGAGUACAGUGAACUGCUGCUGUAUCAAAAUCAAGUCCUCCGUGAGGCAGGACUAAACAAAGAAGCUCUGGAGCAUCUUUGUACCUAUGAAAAGCAGAUCUGUGAUAAACUGGCUGUUGAAGAAACUAAAGGAGAACUCCUGCUUCAACUUGGCAGACUUGAAGAAGCAGUUGAUGUCUACAAAGGACUGCAAGAAAGAAAUCCUGAAAACUGGGCCUACUACAAAGGCCUAGAAAAGGCACUUAAACCAGCAAAUAUGAUGGAGAGGCUAAAGAUUUAUGAAGAGGCAUGGACGAAAUACCCAAGAGGACUAGUUCCAAGAAGAUUACCGUUAAACUUCUUGUCAGGUGAAAAGUUUAAGGAAUGUCUGGACAAGUUUCUAAGGAUGAAUUUCAGCAAAGGUUGCCCACCGGUCUUCAAUACUUUGAGGUCAUUAUAUAAAGACAAGGAGAAGGUGGCAAUCAUAGAAGAGCUUGUGGUAGGUUACGAAACCUCCCUAAGAAGCUGCAGGUUAUUUAACCCAAAUGAUGAUGGUAAAGAAGAACCGCCAACCACUUUACUCUGGGUCCAGUAUUAUUUGGCUCAACAUUAUGAUAAAAUUGGACAGCCAUCCCUGGCUCUAGAAUAUAUAAAUGCUGCUAUAGAAAGUACUCCCACUUUGAUAGAACUGUUCCUUGUGAAGGCAAAAAUCUACAAGCAUGCUGGCAAUAUUAAAGAAGCUGCAAGGUGGAUGGAUGAGGCUCAGGCUUUGGACACAGCAGACAGAUUUAUCAACUCCAAAUGUGCGAAAUACAUGUUGAAAGCAAACUUCAUUAAAGAAGCAGAAGAAAUGUGUUCUAAGUUUACACGGGAAGGAACCUCGGCAGUAGAGAACUUGAACGAAAUGCAGUGCAUGUGGUUUCAGACAGAAUGUGCGCAAGCUUACAAAGCAAUGAAUAAAUUUGGAGAAGCACUUAAGAAAUGCCAUGAAAUUGAGAGACAUUUUGUAGAAAUCACAGAUGACCAGUUUGACUUCCACACUUACUGUAUGAGGAAGAUUACUCUUAGGUCUUAUGUGGACUUGCUAAAACUAGAAGAUGUACUUCGACAACAUCCGUUCUACUUCAAAGCAGCACGAAUUGCCAUAGAGAUAUAUUUGAAACUUCAUGAUAAUCCCUUAACAGAUGAAAGUAAAGAACACGAGGCUGAUACAGCAAAUAUGUCUGACAAGGAGCUAAAGAAGCUACGAAAUAAGCAGAGAAGAGCACAGAAGAAAGCACAGCUGGAGGAGGAGAAGAAGAAUGCUGAGAAAGAGAAGCAACAGAGGAAUCAGAAAAAGAAGAAAGACGAUGAUGAUGAAGAAAUUGGAGGACCGAAAGAAGAACUUAUCCCUGAGAAAUUGGCAAAGGUUGAAGCACCUUUGGAAGAAGCCAUUAAAUUUUUAACACCUUUGAAGAAUUUAGUGAAGAAUAAAAUAGAGACACAUCUCUUUGCCUUCGAGAUUUAUUUUAGAAAAGAGAAAUUCCUUCUGAUGCUUCAGUCUGUGAAAAGAGCCUUUGCUAUUGAUUCCAGUCAUCCUUGGCUUCAUGAGUGUAUGAUUCAUCUCUUCAGCAGUGUAUCUGAAAGUAAGGAUCUCCCUGAUGCGGUUAGAACAGUGUUAAACCAAGAAAUGAAUCGGCUUUUUGGAGCAACUAAUCCAAAGAACUUCAAUGAAGCUUUCCUUAAAAAGAACUAUGACUCACUACCGCAUAGGUUAUCAGCUGCCAAAAUGAUGUACUAUUUAGAUCCUUCAAGUCAGAAAAGAGCGGUGGAGCUGGCAAUGACCCUCGAUGAAUCCCUCAUUAACAGAAAUCUUCAGACGUGUAUGGAGGUAUUAGAAGCUUUAUGUGACGGUAGCCUUGGAGACUGUAAAGAAGCAUCUGAAACUUACAGAGCAAAUUGUCAUAAGCUUUUCCCUUAUGCUUUGGCUUUCAUGCCCCCUGGAUAUGAAGAGGAUAUGAAGAUCACAGUUAACGGAGAUAGUUCUGCAGAACCUGAAGAACUGGCCAAUGAAAUAUGAACAACUUUAUUGGAAAAAAAUGACAUUGGACCAUAUCUGGUGUAUAAUAUUUUUGUCACGCACCUGCUGAAUUGUUCUAACUUACACAGAGAAUGGAAGGAAAAAAAAACAUUGCCUUCAAAUAGUUUUACUUUUUUUUUUAUCCUGCUGACAAAGUAUAUAUAUAAAAUAUCUAACAUAUUACUGGAUAUAGGUUGUUCGGUUUCUUAAAAAUUAAAAGCUGCUAAAAUUGAAGAAAAAAAACCCUUAUCCUUACCUACCUACCCAUGUUUUUAAACUAAUUUAUAUGAAAUCUGGAGGUGUGUAGCCCUCAGAGCAGGUGUGUGGCAGAAAUAUUACUUUAAAUUUGUCUUGUGAGAUUACUGUUAUCUCAGACAGCAAAAAUGCUGUUUUAGCACUGGAUUCUUUCACUGAGCACAAAGAGUUGUUGGGGCUUUAGCAUCUGACUGAUUUUGAUACGGGGAUGAUUCUGUCCAUAGGAAGUAUGCAAUGUGAAUCAGAAUAUACAGAGAAACCCGCAACAUACGCGUUAACGUUGUGGAUGCUGGGACAUACCAAUACCAAGCAGAAUUUAAAAACAUAGUGUGUUCAAUAAGCUUGUUGUGUCUCUGAAAAUCACUGUACACGAUCAGUUUGGUGUUCUUGCACCACAGUUUUUAACUGAAGGAACCAGAUGAAAUUAUAUCUCUCUGAAUUAAACUUGGGGGGGGGGGGGGGGGGAGGAUCGGGGGGAACCAAGUUUGCUGUAUUUGAGAUGAACCUAUCCGCGUAGGUUGGCCAAACUUUUUAAAACUGUAAUGCAAGAACCAAAUAAAAUUAUGCACUGUGAUGUGGCACCAACUAAUUAGAAAGAUAGCAUGCAUUUUUCACACAGAGUGAAAACAAAAUGAGAACAUACUAUGGCUUGAAGUUGCAAAGAGGAGAACUCCUGACUACCAUUUUGACUGAUCAAGAGACUAAUAGUUUAAAACCUCAGCAGGCCUUGUUCACGUUAUGCAGAAAAAAAAAAAUGUGCUGCAGUUUAGAUACCUCUGGAACUUUUCCACAGUGUCACAGGUUUGUAAUACUUGAAGCCCUACAUUUCUAAGAAUAUAUUUCUUGCUCAGUUGUUUCAGGCAAGCCCAAGACUUUGUAACUUUUAAGGGGCCCAAGAUUUUUUUUCAAUAACAGACCAGCUUCUUAUUCCUGCAGUUACAGAUGUAAUUUCCUUUGUCAAACAUAAGGUACCAAAUAUAAUGCAAUAAAAUGUUUUGAAAAACAAUUGUGUGAAUAUUUAAACCAAUCUCUGUUGUACUUUGAAAAUGAAUGGGUUCACUAGGGUGCAGCUCAGGGUUGGCUUACUGUGCUGUCCAGUUAUGCUAAUAAUGUCACUGCUGAUGGGUGGAUGUUGAGUAUAAAGUGCAAAUGCAUUAUAUGUGAAUACUGAAUGUCUGGGAAGUCCUAUAACACAGAAUGCUUUACUACUUGGAUUUUCAGUUCCACCGAUGUUAUGUUGAAUUUGAUUUUCCAAGUCAAGCUAUGUUCUACAAGUCUACUGUGUUAAUAAUACAGCUGUGUGCUCAAAUGUUUUUUUUAUAGGUUCAUCAUAAAACAGAGCAGAAAAUAAACUACAGCUUAUAAAGUGAGUGCCUUCUUUGCUGCAGGAGUUCAGAUUAGGGUAUCUGUCGUGUGGAUACACAGCCUUCCUCUCCCACAUCAUGGAUGUCAGUGAUUGACGCGUGCAGUUCAGAAAUCUAGGAGGAUUUGUUGAGGUUUGUAGCUUUCUGUCAGAAGAGCAGUUUUUUGUUUCUUGUGUAUUCAGCGACAAUUUAUUUUCAUGGUUAGGUUAUCCUUGCGUAUGUUUGUAGCAUAGUACAUGUUGGAAAUGUAAGUUGUAUUGCUAUAUUUGUAUAUUUAAUCCGCUGGGCUUUAAGGGACUAGAAUACCUGUAGAGCCUUUAACUGACUCUGGUAUUUAAUGUCCAGAUCUCAGUCUUUUCUGCGGCCUGAGAUACUUGGACUGCAUGUCUUCUGCAACUACUGAAGAUGGCUCAAUCUUGCAUACACAAGCUACGAGCUUUUGGCCUUGCCUCUUUGAGUAUUGCUGCCGUUUCCUUGGCUUCUGAUGCUUAGCUGGAGGCAGAUGAAUGCUCACUUUUUUGAACAGAUUGCAAACUGCGUCAAGCAAAAUUUGUUUUUCAAAUCCUGUUUUUUGGGUGCUGCCUAUAAAUGGGAUUAUUUCCUUUACUUUUUUACUGCCUGUUUGUGUUGAAAUAGAUGAAAUAAAAGCAAGAAGUUAUCCUUCAUUAUGCAAGUGGGAAAGGCUAUUUCUGUGGGCCUUCCAGAAACUUCCAUGUGUGCAUCUGUUGCUAUUCCCUGAAGACACUUCUUUGUAACCUCGCUGAAAGGCAUCCACGGUCCUUCAGGAGUGAUGCUCUCAGAUUAAAGAGGUUCCACAUCCCUUUCCAGAAGACUGCUGUCCCAGGCAAUGAAACUAGGUGAAGAGUUUAUCUGGACAAGAAGGUUCUUCAGUUGGUGUAGGAAUCGUUAGUCCUUCAUCUUCACACAUCUCAUGUUAGGUGCAAGGUUGACUCCUGUGGAAGAGUUUGUGAGAGGUUGAAAUGAAGUUAUAAUCCAAUGCAAGGAGCAGUCUGUAGCCGCAGUAGUACAGAGUACCAUGCUACAGUGCGAACUCCCCAUUGCAUACUGAGAUCCAAAAUUACAAUCAUUGGUGGUCAGCUGCCAAAGCAGGCGAGCUGGGAUCGCAGCUGUGGUCAGAGUGACCGAGAGCAGCAGCUUUUUAGUGGCAGGCUUUGGUUUGAUUCUUCAGUUUCUACUGGAGAAAGGUGUUUUCACCAUGAGUGGAGCCAUGGGUGAUGACGUGCCAUGGAUAUCUUUUUAUUCAGGAGGGCUGGGGGGAGGUGCUCACAAAUUUUCCCCAAAGACUGUAGAUCGUGCUAAUGCAUAAGCAGUGUCAGAGAAGCGGGCUUGAAUCACAAGUACUUGAAAGUGCUGGUUUGCCCCAAGAUGAUGGGCGCAAGGGGUGUCUCCUUUUUACUUGGAGACCAGAACAUUCAGGCACGAGGUAUGCGUGUACAAACCAGUAAAUAUUCUCAAGAUGAUCUAUUCAAUAGCUCAUCUUCUACUUUGCAUCUUAAAUGCCUUAAAAGCCUUCAUAUUCUUCUAAAGUUACAUUUUUCAGCAGAGGUCUUAAUACUUCCAUGAUAGUAGGGGAGGACUCAUUUCCUGGUGUGUGGCAUCUCAAGUACAGAAAGAAAUCUGUUGCUUGGUUUUUCUCCUAGCAUAGGGAGAAAAUUCCAAGCUUUUCCAGGGAGCUCUUUAGAGCUAGGUGAGGUACGUAUUAUUAGCCUAAUACAUUUUCUGUUAGUGUUUGCUGUGGCUUGUUUUUACAGGUCUGGAGGUUCUCAACAGUAGACCCUGGAAGUUGGUGUGACACCUUUAUUCUUCAGCCAAACAUAAUUGUAUUUGUCUUUUUAGAAAGAAAGUACCGGUGAGAGUAGGGUGAGAUCAGGCCUGAGAAACCAGAGGUGCAAAUACAAUUUCAGUAUCACGUGAGCAAGUUCAAAUUGGAAAAUAAAAUAAAAAUCUUAGUCUUACGUGAUGCCUUUGAGGGUUUGAGCAAUGGUGCCAUUGUUCCUGUAGUGCUAGCAUCCCAUACACCAGAGUUGUGCUUUGGACAUGUGCCACUAAUGCUAAAACAUUUGAUAUUAUGAUAAUCUAGCUCAAUGUACCUGAGAAAAAUGAUUUUAUUUUUCCCUUUUCAUGAUCACUUUAAAUGUUUUGUAAUUGUUCUGUACUGAGUAGCUAGCUAGCUUUGAACUCUUUCCAAAUAUCUAUCUUCUUAAGGAAGUUUCCUCUAAAAAUGCGGUUUGUACCUGACUGAUCAUGUUAAACAGCUCAUACUGCGUGGAAGUAAGAGUUGUGCUUGUCUGGUAACAGACUGCAUCCUGACCUGCUUUGUGGUUCUGUGGAGGAAAAAGAUGCAGAUCUAGUGUGGUUGGACAGAAGUAGCAGUAGGGAAUCAAGCAGUCUGUAAGCGUGUUAAUGAAAGCUAUUCCAGAUGGAGGGAAAUGGUUGCUGAGCUUGGGAAAGACUUGCUUCUAGGAGUGUUCCAGUGAUGAACUGUUCUCUGAUGUUUUCAGGAGCAAAGGGCAUAUACCUUCACAAAACAUGGUCCUGUCAUUGUGAUUAUAUUUCCUGGGAAUUUAGGCGUUAAAACCAGCUUGUCUCAGGUAGAGACUUCUUUGUAAGAGCAUACAGACAGCAUUGAGAACAGCAAGGAGAAACUGGUUACAGUGGUUUGGCAAAAGGAGACUGAAAGGAGUUAAAAGGAGGUGAUAUAAUAGAAAUUCUGUUUUAGAUUAAGUAUACAAGUUAUCUUUUUUGUUACUGGAAAGUACUGAAGCUGUAAAUACUAUGAAUGCAGUCUCCCAUGUCAAAGAAGCUGUAAAUAUGUAUUACUGUAGAGUGGUACAAGCAAACAGUAGCAUGUUCACAAAGAUUCUAUCUAGCUUUGUAUGUUGGUCUUCGAGUAAACGAUGGCAGAAAACCCAGAGGGAAAGGGUUGUCCAGUUUACAAGGGGCCAUAUCAAAGGGUCUGUAGGAAUAUUUCAAGAUAAGUAUCACUAGAAAAUCCAAAGCAUCUUAGAAUAGCUUCCCUAAGAUGUUUGUUGUUUUAAUUGAAAAUGUUACAUCUGCUAAUUUUUCAUAAAAAGGUAAAAAUUCUACGGAAUAUUUCUGCCUGGCACUGCCCAUUCAAUAUCUACCUCUACUAGUUCUAGUCUAGUUCAGCUACUGCUUAAUUUUAGCCAUUUAGCACAUAACAUAUGAAGAAAUGUCAUUUACCUGGUUGGCGAACAAAUGUAUGAUGAUGGAUACGUUUAGUUUUAAAAUGUAAUGCAAUAAACUACAAACUUAGUGAAAGUCCUAUUGUUGGUUCAGUGCGGCAGCAUAUUUAUUGCUUCAUUGCUGAUCCAUUCGAAGAUCCUAAAUUAUAAAGUCCACGAAGUUACUUGCAAUUGUACUGGGAUUCGCUUUCCCUUCCAGCCUUCCUAACUGGUUAACAAUGUUGUACUGUGUUUUUACGCUCUUCUCUGGUAAUGGCAAGUAUCAAAACUGGCAGGAAGUCAAUCAAUGAAUAAAAAUGCUGAGUUCUGUUUGUAAA